AUGACAGACAGAAAAUUGCAGCUAGAAGACUGGCUGGACGACCUUUGUGUUCGAUUCAUAAUCAAUAUUCCUGCGGCUGAUCUAUCACACGUUCCUCGAAUAUGCUUUCAAGUCGAAGAAGCGCAAUGGUACUACGAAGAUUUUAUCCGGCCUCUGGACCCAAGCCUACCUUCGAUGACCCUUCGCAACUUUUGCCUCAAGAUAUUUUUACAUUGCCCUUUACUUUCAAACUUUUCAGAAAGUAUACAUAUGCGAGCUUUUGAGGAGUUUCUUCUAUACAAGACCCGAGUUCCAGUGAGGGGUGUGAUUCUGUUGAGCGCGGAUAUGGAUGAAGUCGUUCUUGUAAAGGGUUGGAAGAAGGGUGCAAAUUGGAGCUUUCCCCGUGGAAAGAUUAAUAAAGAUGAGGACGACCUUACAUGUGCUAUACGUGAAGCAUACGAAGAGACUGGUUAUGACCUUGAACAGUCAGGGCUUGUUCCCAAAGAUCGAAGUCUAGUUAAAGGCAUCGAUGUUACGGGACAUGGCCAACAGAUCAGAUUAUACGUUUUCAGAAACGUUCCCAGGGAAACCUAUUUUGAGGCACAAACUCGUAAAGAAAUUAGUAAAAUUGAUUGGUGGAGGUUAUCUGAUCUUCCAGCUUAUCGAAAGAAAGGGCAGCAACAAAAUCAACCAGAGGCUGCCGCCAAUGCCAACAAAUUCUACAUGGUGGCACCAUUCCUACCUCCACUUAAGAAGUGGAUUUUAGAUCAAAAGAAAAAGGAUGCAAGGACGGCAGCUAAUAACCAGCACUUGGAGGCAGCAGGAAAUAUCAGCCACGAUGAAGGUAUCACUGAGGAUGAUCAACUGGUUGAAGCAAGCAUGAAUUAUAAUGCACCUGUGUCGCAUGAUGCUGAACGGACUAGACGCAAUGCUGCCGACCUAGCUCUUUCUGCUAUAAUGCAAGUCCAACCAUCGACUCAGGGACUACAACCCAAUGCCAUUAACCCUACUCAAUCACAAGCUUCGCAUAGCUCAGGGCAGCAAUUGCUUGCUCUUUUACAUAGUAAACCUCCUGCGGAUCAACCACCGCCAACUCAACCAUAUCCGCAAACACCUUUAGAAAAUACUUUUACUCAAAUACCAUUUCCUAAAACUCCUCAUCAUCAGGUACCUCAUCCUUCACACAUCUCAAAUCAACCACCUCCACCUACUUUCCCACUACAACAACAGCAAGAGCAACGUCCAAUGCAGAAUUAUUCCUUCCAGCAACCCGAUCCCCAAGUUCGUUCCGAUCAAAGAUCUAUUCCCAAUAUGCAAUAUCGCCAUCAGAUGCCGCAGCAGAUACCACAGCAAAUCCGGCAACGAAUGCCAGCUCAAAUGCCAGCUCAAAUGCCACCUCAAAUGUCACAUCAAUUCUCAGCGCAGAUCUCCCAGCAACCGCCACAGCACAUGUUACAGCAAGCUUCGCAACAUAUGUCUCAGCAGAUCCCGCAGCAUAUGCAACCACAACUUCCACAGCAGCGAGAACGUCAUCCAUAUCAACCCACUUUGAUUCAUCCUCAGCCACUCCCUCCCAAUGCCCAGAAAGUGUUGUUUACCGGAGGUCCGGUACAUUCAACAAUAGUGCCACAGCAUAUUCAGCAGCAACCUCCACAUCCCAAUUUUACGACUUCUGGCCCUAUGCCUCCUCCUCAAUUUCCCAAUGUACAUUCUACCAUGGUUCUGCCGCAGCCAAAGGAGGCACCGGCUGCUGCUGCACUCACUAGUCAUUCAUUGUUACUUUUAAACGCGUUCAAGACUCGCGACGAAGUAAAUGUAAAUAUCACUUCCAACUCUUUGAUUUCUGAAGGCCCGACUCAGCCGCACCCGAAUACUACGCUGCCUGAAGCUCUUGAGCUUCCAGGAGAAAGUUCUCGCUCUAUUCCUGUUCCUAUUCCUACAGAGGCAGCUCAAUCAUCAAAGUCUCAUCCCAGUAUAAAAGGAGGUAUUCCUAGUACGGCUAGUCAGAGUCAAACAGCUCGUCCCCCCGUCAGUGAAAACCAACGAUCAAUGUUAUUGGGUAUGUUCAAAAGUCCUGCAGCUCAACCGGCAACGCUGGCUGCGGCACCAGCUGCUGCAGUUCUACCAUCCAAAUCGCCUUCAGCGGUGGAAUUGAGCGCAGUAGAAGUUGUUUCGCCACCCGAAGUUCUUCGACAAGCAGCUACCAAAGAAAAUACUCCAAUUGGCAGAGCUAGUCACGAGAUUCCAGAAAUGAACCCUGAAUUAAACCUUCCAUUUCGAGCCACUUCAAUCCUCGCUCGUCCAGCCAAUGGGAAUAAAGAUACUAAAUCAUAUGGGAGUUUGUCCAAGAAACCGGCCACUAGAUCGGAGAUGCCCAACAGUAGCAAGGGGUCUUCAUCAGAGAAAUCAUUUCAACCACAAAUCCUCAAAAGGCCACAAGCGAAUACAGUCAAAGCUUCCCCACUUCUUGGAGCUUCCACCAUUGCUGCUUAUUCGCCGAACCUUGCACCAUCUAAUCUGGCCGGCCCAUCGACAUCUCCACUAUCCUUUACCUCCCAAGCUCCCCAGUCAACCGAACAAAAGCAUGCUCUUUUGUCAUUGUUCGGGAAAUCUCCUACCCCCGCUGCCAGUUCGGUAUUCGGGAAAUCACCAAUGGCAGCUUCUAGUUCAAUGUCUAGAACAUCUUCGCAUGAUGGACCUUCUUCUAACCAUCUCAUAGAUGCCACGAGAAGUGCUGCAUCCAGAUCUAGAGUUGGAAGUCUGGCAUCAGGAAACGGCGAGGGCUCGUCACGCCGUGGAAGCCAAGCACCAAUAUCUCCAGCCGACAAAGGCUUCUUAUUGAAUUACUUAGACGCAGUUGCUAGUAGGAAAUUCAUCAUGAAACCGAUAUCAAAACUCAUGUCUAAAAGAACAAUUACUGUUCCUGCAACAUCAUAUAUAUGUACCUUCUGCUCCGCCCGUGCGAUACCGAGGACUCGCAAAUACUCUUCUACUCCUACCUCAUCUGCAAGCUCCCUUCCCGCUUCAACUAAAAGUUCAACACAACCACAAUCCCAAGCCCAAUCUAGUUUCCAUAAAUUAGCCAGAAAAGGCGUCACGCGUCUCUCGACUCGUAGACUUAUAUCCUUGAGAGGACCAGACUCGAUGAAAUACCUGCAGGGAGUCAUCACGAAUGAUAUUUAUAAAGAGGGGUUAAAUUCGGAUAAGAAGGGGUUCUAUUCUGCGUUUUUGAAUGCGAAGGGAAGGGUAUUAAAUGAUGUUUGGAUCUAUAAGGAUCUGUAUGCGGACCGAGGGAAAUAUGGGGAAACGGGAAAAGAAGGAGAAAAUUGGCUGAUUGAAGUUGAUGCAAAGGAAGUGGAGGUAUUGGCGAAACAUAUCAAGAGGUAUAGGAUGCGUGCGAAGUUUGAGGUUGAAGUUGUGAGCGAGGAAGAGAUGGGGAUUUAUAGUUGUUGGGGAGUUGAAGAGGGGGUUAAAAUGAGAGAGGGCACUGGUAUUAUGGUCGCGGAUCAUCGGGCACCCGAGAUGGGAAAGAGAAUUGUGGCGGAUAAGGGAUGGGAUUUACAACGGGAUUUGGAGGGUAUAGAUGAGGAAGUGAAGAUACAAGAGGAGGAAAUAUACAGAGUUCGGAGAUAUCUGAUUGGAGUCCCCGAAGGCCAGGAUGAGAUAUUGAGGGAGAGUGCGCUACCGCAAGAAAGCAAUGUGGAUGUUAUGGGAGGUAUUGAUUAUGGGAAGGGAUGUUAUGUCGGUCAGGAAUUGACGAUUAGGACGCAUCAUACAGGUGUGAUAAGAAAGAGGAUUAUACCUAUGAUGUUGGUUCCCGAAGGAGAAGCCUUGCCUGGAAUAGGAGAACUGGAGUACAAAGGAGGCAAUUUGGCAGGUUAUUUGAGAGGGAGUGAAAAUAUCAAGAAGGUGGGUGGAAAGAGACCGGUAGGGAAAUGGUUGAGUGGAGUGGGAAACGUAGGUUUGGGAUUGGCAAGGUUGGAUGAGAUGGGUAAGUGGAUGAUGGAGGGAGGUGGGAAGGAGGGGGAUGCCGGGGAGGAGUUUGUGGUAGAGGCGAAGAAUGAGGAAGAGGGAGAUACGAGGAAUAUUAGGGUCAGAGCUUUCCCUCCCGCUUGGAUUGAGACGUAG